GAAGGCUUUAAUUGUUAUGUAAUGUUAGAGGUCUUAUCGGAUAUACGCGGCAGUAGAUACAUUCUGAUAAGGCGAUAAGUGAAAGUUUGUGUUGGCAAUACAUUUGGUUUGUUUACAUGACCUCAGAUGUGUCAGGAGGACCACAAAAACAACAACAACAGCCCCAGCAAUGCGUGGAAGAGGCCUAAGGAAGAGUAGAUAGAGAUGUCUGGGGUGCUGGAGAAGACCCUGAGUGGCUUGGUGCACAGUGUGUUUGGGGCGAGCAGCAGCAGUGGCAGCAUAACUAAGCAUGGCGCCGUUGGUUUGCUUGGCCUCAAGAAUGUAUCCCUUGGCCUCAUCACCUUUGUUGAGAAGCUUCAGGCUGCUCAAAGGAUAUCUAAGCAGGAAGAAGAGCAUUGUGUGGAACAUGAGAGCCGCGAGUGGGUCAAGCUCGUCUCCUCCCCUGGAGUGAGUGGCGCAGUAGUGGCGGAUGUGUUGUGUCGAGCCCUUGUGGUGGCAGCACGUGGCUACUCCCUCCCCAGCCUGCACAUCCAUGCUAUCAAGCUAACUCAAAGCACAAACAUCCUAUAUAAAAAGAUUGGGUACCUGUUCGUGAGUCAGUCCCUGGGACCUGGGUCAGAGCUCACUUUGCUUCUAGUCAACACAAUUCAGCGUGAUUUAGCAUCCCCUAAUGCACUCCACGUGGCAGCAUCCCUUGCUUCCCUGCCCACCGUGCUCACACCAGACCUCACCCCAAUAGUCAUCCUCGCCCUCACACACUGCCUCGCACACCAACAGGUGUACAUAAGGCGGCGUGCGGCAGCUAUGGUGGGCGUGGUAGCAGUCAGGUGUGGCCAGGAGCUCCAGGAGACAGCAGGUGACCAGGUGCCUCACCUCCUCCACCUCCUCACUGACCAGGACCCAGCGGUGGCCCUUGCUGCUGUGUCUGCGUUGGCCAAGGUGUACAAGGUGUGCAGUCAGAAAGCAUCUCUGCGUGACCAGCUGGGCCGCAGUGCUUCCCACCUCCUAACGCAGGCUCUCAAUGGUACCCUUCCCAAGGACUACCAAGUGAAUGCCCUGCCUGCCCCCUUUGUGCAGAUCCAGAUGCUCAGGGUUUUGCAGCAGCUUUCAUCAAAAGAAUGGCAGGUGCCUGAGGAGGUGAUGGAAGCAGUGAAUGAGGUGCUGAGCCAACCCUGGGGAGGCAAGGAGAUGGCCUUGUAUGCUGUGUUGUUGGAGUCUGUGUUCACAGCUACAGCGCUACCCUACCGUGGUGAACAACUCACCAUCAGCAUACUGAAGGUGGUGCUGGGCUUCCUGAAAAGUUCAAAUGUGGACCUCAAAUACGUUGGGUUGAAGGCUCUGGCCAGCGUGUUUUCGGUGCUGGAGGAAACCCUCACACCGGGCCACCUGGAGGCUGUGCUGGAUUGUCUCUACCACUCAGACCAAAACCUGCAGGCCAAGACACUUAAACUCCUCUGUUCCAUGGCUAAUAUAUAUAAUUACCAGGCUGUUUGCACUACCCUCCUGGAGUUUUCUGGACGCAUCAAGGACGAGGCCACACAGAGGGUCAUUGUGCAGGAGUUGGCAACCAUCCUGGGCCAGCACUGCCAGGAUGUAGCAUGGUGUGUGGAGGUGGUGUCUCCUGUCAUGCUCACCAACCCCAACCCAGACAAGAGGAUCAUUAAAGCACUCAUUCAAGUCAUAGAAAGAGGAUUUCAGAAUGAGCAGAGAGUCCAAGCAUCAAUAGAGUCAUCUCAGGAGCUGCUGUUGAAGCUGCUCAGUUAUAACUCUCUCCCAGAGGCCUUUAUUCUGUUGGUUGCAUCAGUUCUCAACCUGCACUAUGCCCGAGAUCCAAGACAGGUCUCCAAGUACUUCACGGACACAUUUUUGGAGAGGCUCAAGGAUUUUAGUCUUGGGGAGAGUGACAUGGCAGUCUUCCAGUGCCUUAAAAACAUCGGACUCAAUGACGAGAGUGAACGCCCUGAGAUCCUGUCCUUCCUGAGGCCGUACACAGCCAAUGGAAGCUGUGAUGCCGCACUCUUGCAAAGGGCAAGUGAGAUUUGCCGCUGGCUGACCAACCCUAAACUGAGUCUGCGAGUUCUUCAGAGGCAAGAGAACAUCCUCAACCAAAGGGUGCCCGUGGACCUGACCCUCAGCUUCCUAGAUGGGUAUGUGGUGGAGAGUCUGGAGCACGGUGCCACCCCUUUCAAGCCCUUCACCAGUGAGGCCCCAGGGCCCACCAGUCCACAUGAGGCACCCGACACCCACUGGGGCAGCAGCACCACCACUGGCUCUGAUGAUGGCCGCUCCUCCACCAACACCAGCCUCACGUUCACUAGUCAUGGCAGCACUCUACUGAACAGAGGCAGCAGCAGUAUGGUGGUGCCCAGCCGCCGGGUGUGGAGCACAACUGGCCGUAUCCGCCAAGGGUCAGAGGGCGAGGACUUGAACCGGACCCGUAGUGACCCGAUGUCCCCCCCAGAGGGCUUGCUGACUACUCUCCUGAGGGCCGGGGAGGAUGAGGAUGAAGACGAGGUAACAGAGGGAAGUGUUGAGAUGGCCGAUGAAGCUCAAGAGGACCGGUGCGAGACAGAACAAGACAAGACACCUGACCCUCGAUCCCAACUGACUCAGGCACUGCUGGCUGGCCUAGGCAUGGCGAGGAUAAAGUAGUGACCCUUUGUGUGUAUGUGUGUAUGUAUGUGUGUUGUGUGUGUGUGUGCUGCUUGCUCCAUGUGAUGUCAUUUAAUGGUCCUAGAUUUUACUUGUGUGUGGUUUUCUUGUGAUAACUGUUGCCAGUAUACAUUGUAAAGCUCCCUUUUGUACUAUAUGAGACUUAUCUGCUUGAUACUUAUUAUUUUAUCAAGUUUACAUAUUUUCACAUAAAUAAGAUUGGGAAUUUUCUUUGUGUACUGUUAUUUUCAUUAAAUUUUUAAUAUAUUUAA